ACCUGCUGGUGCGGGGCGGGGCGGGGAUGCGCAGCCGCGGCCACCUCUCUUCUCCCGCUCCCCGCCCCGCCCCUCCCGCCAUCCCUCACCGGCUCCGCGGCGCCCGCCCCGCCCGCCCCGCCCGCCCGCCGCUCCGGGGGGGGUCUCCGCCGCCGCCGCCGCCGCCGCCGCCGGAAGGAGCCGCCAUUUGCCACCGCCGAGCACAGGGGCCGCGGCGAGCCGGAGCGGGGCGCGGGGCUGGGGCCGGCAGCUCGGCGAUGGGGGGCGGCCCCGCCGCAGGAGGGCCCGGGCGCGUCACCCCGGGGGCUCGGCCCGCUCCGGACCCGGACCCGCGGGGCGCGGCGCCCUGAGCCCCUCUCCCCGCCCCCUGCCCCGGCCAUGGCCGCCCGCCCCGGCGCCCCCGGGCCGCCAGCCCGCACGGCCCCGCCAGCCCCCGAGCCCCGGCGGCCGCAGCAGUGAGCGGCGCUCGCAGGCCCCGCGCCCCCCGGCCGGCCGCCCCGCCCCGCGCCCCCGCCCCCGGCGCCCGGACGAUGCUCAAGUCUCGGCUCCGCAUGUUCCUGAACGAGCUGAAGCUGCUGGUGCUGACGGGCGGGGGGCGGCCCCGGGCCGAGCCGCAGCCCCGGGGGGGCGGGGGGGGCGGCUGCGGCUGGGCGCCCUUCGCCGGCUGCUCCAGCCGGGACGGCGACGGCGACGAGGAGGAGUACUACGGGUCGGAGCCGCGGGCCCGGGGCCUGGCCGGCGACAAGGAGCCGCGGGCCGGACCCCCGCCGCCGCCCGCCCCGCCGCCGCCGCCGCCCCCGGGCGCGCUGGACGCCCUGUCGCUCAGCAGCAGCCUGGACAGCGGGCUCCGCACCCCCCAGUGCCGGAUCUGCUUCCAGGGCCCGGAGCAGGGGGAGCUCCUGAGCCCCUGCCGCUGUGACGGCUCGGUGCGCUGCACACACCAGCCCUGCCUCAUCCGCUGGAUCAGUGAGAGGGGCUCCUGGAGCUGUGAGCUCUGCUACUUCAAGUACCAAGUCCUGGCGAUCAGCACCAAGAACCCACUGCAGUGGCAGGCCAUCUCCCUGACAGUUAUCGAGAAAGUCCAGAUUGCUGCCAUAGUUCUGGGCUCUCUUUUCCUCGUUGCCAGCAUCUCCUGGCUCAUCUGGUCCUCACUCAGCCCUUCAGCCAAGUGGCAACGACAGGAUCUGCUCUUUCAGAUCUGCUACGGCAUGUACGGAUUCAUGGAUGUCGUCUGCAUAGGCCUCAUCGUCCAUGAAGGCUCCUCUGUCUACCGCAUCUUCAAGCGCUGGCAGGCAGUGAAUCAGCAAUGGAAGGUGCUUAACUAUGACAAGACCAAGGACACAGGAGGAGAUGCAGGGGGAGCGACGGCAGGGAAGCAAGGCCCCAGGACCUCAAGGACAGGCCCCCCCUCAGGGGCCACCAGCCGUCCCCCAGCUGCCCAGCGCAUGCGGACGCUCUUGCCUCAGCGCUGUGGUUAUACAAUCCUGCACCUCCUUGGACAGCUGCGGCCACCAGAUGCCCGUUCCAGUUCUCACUCUGGCCGAGAGGUUGUCAUGAGGGUUACCACGGUCUGAACUGGACUCCAGGAGUAGGAAUUUUGUGUCAUAUGCAUCGGCCAGAGAUGAGCUGUCAUGGCUGCUUGGAGGUACUACCUGGACGAGGUGUUUGGGGUACACUGCCUCCACUACUGAGGAUCUCUGUGGACAGCCUCAAGCUGGAGACAUUGUCUGGCCUCUAUUGCCCACUGGAUAGAGACACCUGGAUGGCAUUCCAGCCCCCACUGACAGCUCCCCAUGCUCAUCCUGGGGCAGCCAGUGGGCAGGUGGGGAAAGCAGCUUUUCUUCCAGACAGAACCGUCCUUACCUCAGCUCCUAGGGCCUCCAGCCCCCCAGCUCCAUCAUGGUGACUUGGUGAAGGGGGACCAAUGCCAGAAGAAAGGGGCUGUAGACCCCCCCAUUCCCUACCCCAUGGCCACAGGGCAUCUGGCAAUAAGACUAGUAUACAUUGACCUCCCGUUCCCUGCAUGAGGGCGGGGGGACUACCCCCUGCUCUGCCCCCACUGCAUGGGGGGAGGGCAUAAAGAAUCAUUUAUAUGCA